CCGGCAGAGUCUCUCGCGCGGCGCUCCGGGGCGGUCGCCCGCCACACGACAUGCGACUCACACACGCGAGUGCCGUGAUCACCACCCUCAUCAUCACCCUCCAACUGUCCCAAACCAAAAACAUCACCAACCCCUGUGAUACCUGUGCAUGUGCAGUGAAAAGUGACGCCUCGUGUGAAAACUGUUUCAAAGUCGAGUUGGAUAGUCUUAAGCAGUGGAAGCGGAGGCGUAGACUGUGCCGAGUGGAGCGUAGCUUUGAUAGUGACAUGCUGGACGUGCCCAACAUGGUGGGGUCUUCGUCCCGGCACCAGCCGGUCCUAGCCACGAGUCUGUCCACAGUGGCCAAGUUCAAGCAACAGUGGCCGGUGGAGCUGUGGCGGCAGUACCUGUUUACGGAUGACUACCUGAUGCUGAUCAACCCCCACUGGCUGAAGUUCCCGCCGCCUCACGCCGCGGUCAACUACUCCAUGGGCGGGCUGUACAUCCUGAUGAUGCUGGCGGGAGGCACCGGCAAUGGACUCGUGCUUGUCAUGUACUUGAGAUGCCGGUCGCUGCGCACGCCGGGCAACAUCCUGGUGGCGAGCCUGGCGCUGAGCGACUUCCUCAUGCUGGCCAAGACGCCCGUCUUCAUCUUCAACUCCUUCAACCUCGGCCCGGCGCUCGGGAAAACUGGGUGCCUAAUCUACGGGUUCCUGGGCGGUCUGACGGGCUGCACGUCCAUCGCGACGCUAGCGGCCAUCGCGCUGGACCGCUACUGGGCCAUCGCGCGCCCACUGGAGGGUCUCGGCACGCUCACCGCCGUGCGAGCUCGCGUGCUGGCCGUGGCCGCCUGGCUCUACGCCGCGCUCUUCGCCUCCGUCCCCGCCUUCGACAUCGGCUACGGACGAUACGUCCCGGAAGGCUACCUCACGUCUUGCAGCUUCGACUAUCUCACAGAUGAAGUCAAGCCACGAUAUUUCAUCUUUGUCUUCUUCUGCGCGGCCUGGGUCACGCCCUUCGCCACUAUUACUUUCUGUUAUAUUAACAUCUUGCGCGUCGUUAUCUGUAAGAGGAAUGUUUCCACGACCAGCAGCAACGACCACCGCCUGUCGACGCGCCACGUCAAGGAGCAGGCCAAGAAGAAGGCCGAAUUGAAACUCGCUGUUCUAGUCAUAGCUGUUAUAGCCCUAUUCUUCGUGUCGUGGACACCGUACGCUAUCAUCGCCUUGAUGGGGAUAUUCGGCAAUAGGGACCUCAUCACUCCGACGUCGUCCAUGAUCCCGGCUCUGUUCUGCAAGACGGCGGCCUGCAUCAACCCGUUUGUGUACAUCAUAACGCAUCCGAAGUUCCGGAAGGAGAUCAAGAACUUGUUCAGCAAGGGCAAGUCGCGUCAGUACGGGGGAACGAUGAGGACUAUAGGCUACACGACCGACGCCACCACCUACCACCGGCCCAGUAAGGAUUCCAGCGAGACGGACGUUGAAGUUGUAGAGAUGAAGGAUAUACCGUUUCAGGGGGAAGGGAAGCGGGGUAAAGAGGGGGUGAAGUCUGUGUCAGGGCGGCUGUCGGAGCGGGAGGGCUCUCAGCGCAGCAUCAACGAGUCCAUGAAGAGCUACGAGGGCGACGUGGUGUCGCCGCCAUCUUGGUUCCGACAGCCGCAGUUUUCCAAGAAGCGCAGCUUCCACCGGAGGUCCACCAGGAGCGUGGUCUCGUUCGACACUAACGCCGUGUUGUAAACACUGGAGUCUGCAAGAGUUGACCACUUGAGACUUGGCCCUUGACCCCUCGCGACCUUCUUCCUUCUUUCGUG